ACGUUUGAAAUACAGUGCUGAGUAGAUGGUUAUGGAUGAGGAUGUCUAAAAGUAGUUAGCCGAAAUCGAAAACAAUUUUAAAUAUCAUUGCAUCCAAAACAAAUAGAGCUCAUCAUAGCUUUGUAGCAACUUAUCUUAUUUUUAAAUUUAGUUACAAUGUCUGAUAACGAUGACGAUUACAUGUGCGAAGAAGAAGAGGAUUAUGGCCUGGAAUACUCGGAGGACAGUAACACUGAACCAGAUGUCGAUCUUGAAAACCAAUACUACAACAGCAAAGCUCUCAAAGAGGAUGAACCCCAAGCAGCCCUCCUCAGUUUUCAGAAGGUCCUUGAGUUGGAAGGUGGAGAUAAAGGAGAAUGGGGUUUCAAAGCUUUGAAACAAAUGAUCAAAAUUAAUUUUAAAUUGGGUAACUUCACAGAAAUGAUGGCACGAUACAAGCAGUUGCUGACAUAUAUAAAGAGUGCAGUCACAAGGAACCACUCUGAAAAAUCUAUUAACUCCAUUCUUGACUACAUAUCAACAUCCAGAAAUAUGGAGCUUUUGCAAGAUUUUUAUGAAACAACAUUAGAAGCAUUGAAGGAUGCGAAAAAUGAUCGGCUCUGGUUCAAGACAAACACAAAACUUGGAAAGUUGUACUAUGAUCGAGGUGACUUCAACAAACUGGCUAAAAUACUGAAACAGCUGCAUCAAAGUUGCCAAACAGAUGAAGGUGAAGACGACUUGAAGAAGGGCACUCAACUUUUAGAAAUAUACGCACUCGAGAUACAAAUGUACACCGCUCAAAAGAACAACAAGAAGCUCAAAGCUCUCUACGAACAAUCUCUGCACAUUAAAUCAGCUAUCCCCCAUCCAUUGAUCAUGGGUGUUAUAAGAGAAUGUGGCGGAAAAAUGCACUUGCGUGAGGGAGAAUUCGAGAAAGCUCACACGGACUUUUUUGAGGCGUUCAAAAAUUAUGACGAAUCGGGUAGCCCCAGGCGCACAACCUGUCUUAAAUACUUAGUUUUAGCUAAUAUGCUCAUGAAAUCGGGAAUCAACCCUUUCGACUCACAAGAAGCGAAACCUUACAAAAAUGAUCCUGAGAUUUUAGCGAUGACCAAUCUUGUGAUGGCUUAUCAGAAUAACGACAUCAAUGAAUUUGAAUCAAUUCUCAAACACAAUAGGAACAAUAUAAUGGAUGAUCCAUUCAUUCGGGAGCACAUUGAGGAUCUCUUGAGGAACAUUAGGACACAAGUGUUGAUUAAGCUAAUCGGACCUUACACGAGGAUACAUAUACCUUUCAUAUCUAAAGAGUUAAAUAUAGAUGAGAAAGAGGUUGAGAACUUGUUGGUUACGUGCAUUUUGGACAACACGAUCAGCGGCCGCAUCGACCAGGUGAACGCCGUGCUGGAGCUGGCGGCCGGCGCGCGCGACGCGGCGCGCUUCCAGGCGCUCGACAAGUGGACCGUGCAGCUCGCCGCGCUGCACCACGCGCUCGCCAACAAGAUGGCCUAG